CCCUAAUUUGGGAUCCUAGGAACUGCUCAGCCAAUGUGCCUUUGAGUCCCCAAAGGCUGGAGAAACUGACUUAGACCUUGUCCUUAACUCUCUCUUUUCUAAGCCGUGUGUCUCUCUGCCACCUUCUCUGUUCAGGAAUGUUUUACAGAAGAUGUCCCUGACUUCCUCCAGCCCGAGAAGGCUCCCUCAGGUAGCCGGCAGACGCAGGAAGGUAAUGAACAUGCCACCCCAUUGGGUGUGGAUUAAUGGGAUAUAUUUGAGCCCUUCUGGUUGCUCCUAGAAACAGCCUCAAUUUGAACCAGGAAAUGAACUACGCAGAAUGUGAGGUGGUUGUCUCUGCCCUCUUUUUCCUUCUUUCUUUCCCUCCCUUUUCUCCUCCUCCAACAGGUGUUCAGUUUCCUUCUCUCCACUCCAUCUUGAUGAUUUAACAUUUCACUGGGUCCAUGCUGGGCUCUUUUGAUAGCUUUGGUCCACUUAAGGUUUGUUUCCUCUAUUUUUUCCCCCUAUACCAAGAAAUCUGGGCUUUAUUUCUAGACCAGUGGAAUAUUUCCUGUCAUGUGCUGAAGGCACUGUUUAGGCUAAAUAUGCACAAGAAUGAGCAGGCUCAAAUGGGGAAGAGGUGGAAUAAGUCUCUCUUUUUGUGUGGUUCAUAGGAAACAGGCCAAGGAUGAGGACAGAAUGCAGUAGCUCAUCUCCUCGUCGUGGUGGACUGGAAAUGGUUCCUGUGAGACCAGAGCAGAUGCUUCUUCGUUCAGGUGACCUUCAAGGAUGUGGCCGUGUAUUUCACUGAGGCGGAGUGGGCCCUGCUGUGUCCAGACCAAAGAGCCCUGCACCGGGAAGUCAUGGAGGAGAACCUUGGGAUGGUGGCUUCCCUGGGUGACAGGAAGGAGAACGAGAGUGAACUGCGCAGGCUAUUGUUGGAAAGAGCCAGAUGUAAGCCAUGUAGAUGGUUGGAGUGUGGAAAAAACAUUGGUCAUGAACUAAAGCUCACUUUCCACCAGCACUCCCACACAGCAGAGAAUCCGCUUCAGUGCUUAGAAUGUGGAAAGAGCUUCCAUCGAAGCUCAUACCUUUUCAAGCACAAAAGAAUUCACACCGGGGAGAAACCUUUUAAAUGCUUGGCAUGUGGAAAAAGUUUCACUCACAGCUCAAACCUUAAAGCUCACCAAAAAAUUCACACAGGAGAGAAACCAUUUCAGUGCUUGGAGUGUGGAAAGAGCUUCAGUAUGAAAAAAAGCCUUGUGGACCAUCAGAGAAUCCACACAGGGGAGAAACCAUUUAAAUGCCUUGCUUGUGGAAAGAGCUUCAGUCGAAACACAAACCUUACAUACCAUCAGAGAAUUCACUCAGGUGAGAAGCCAUAUAAAUGCCUUGAAUGUGGAAAGGGUUUCAGUAUAAACACAAACCUUAGGUACCAUCAAAGAAUCCAUACAGGAGAAAAACCAUUUAAAUGCUUGGAGUGUGGAAAGUGCUUCCAUCGAAGUUCUUACCUUAUGAAGCACAAGAGAAUUCAUACGGAUGGGAAGCCAUUUAAAUGUGUGGAGUGUGGAAAGAGCUUUGACAGAAACACAAGUCUAAUGAACCAUCAAAAAAUUCACAUAGGGGAGAAAUUAUUUAAAUGUCAGGAGUGCGGAAAAGGCUUCUCUAGAAGGGCAAGCCUUGUGAAUCAUCAGAGAACCCAUACAGGGAAGAAACCUUUUAAAUGUUUGGUGUGAGAAAAGGACUAUGCUAAGAACUCAAACUUUAUGUCACACCAAAGGCAGAACCCAUUUAAAACCCUGCAUUGUGCAGAAAUGAUAACAUAGUUGGGAGUGUGGAAAGAGAUUUAAGAUGAAUGGGAAAGCUAGCAGCUUUGAGAGAAUUCACACGGUGGAAUAAAAUAUAAAACCCCA